GGAGACCACGACGCUGUGCGCUGUUAUGGCUUGUCUUCAGGUCCUUCCAAACAGAUCGCAGUUCUUCCAGUAUGAAUCUGUCUCCUUCAGUUUGAACUGUGAUCAGCAGGGAAACCCCGCUGCAUGGACAGUGAAAAGGAACACAUCCAGAUGCAUAAACUCCCCCUGUCCGUCAUAUUUUACCGGGAGAAACGAAUCUACCUGCUUCCUAAGUGAACUUUAUGAGCUAGACUCUGGAGUCUACUGGUGUGAAUCUGAGGCUGGGAGGAGCAGCAAUGCCAUCAACAUCACCGUCACUGACGGUGAAUUGAUCCUUGAGAGUCCUGCACUUCCAGUGAUGGAGGGAGAAGAUCUCGAUCUGCGAUGUAGUACCAGGACGACGUUAUCUGAAAGUCCCCUAGCUAAGUUUUUUAAAGAUGAUUUUUUCAUCGGCAGCAGCUGGACAGGAAGCAUAACCCUGCUCCGUGUUUCUAAGUCCGACGAAGGACUCUACAAGUGCCUCAUGCAUGAAGUUGGAGAAUCCCCAGAGAGCUGGCUGAGCGUCAGAGCAGGACUUCCUGAGUCGCACCGCCCUCUCUCUGGAAACAUCGUGCUUCCUGUGAUGGUCACCAGCGUCUCACUUUUCGUAAUGAUGCUUAUCUGUCUGUGGAGAAACCCCCAAGAUAAACGUGAAUCUUCAGCUGUGCUGUAUACUGCGACAAUCAACAAAGACACAUGCAGAAUAAAAGGUCCUCUCCAGAGGGGGCGCUCCUCUGUAUUCUCCACUGUGGCUGUAUACAGACCAGUCCUCAGACCCGGAUUCACUCGGGGAAGAGUUGUGACUUAUAAAGCCCGCAGACAGGACGGGAACAAAGGGCAAACCUUUUCAUGUUCGUGCAGAAAAUAUGACUCGACUUUAAACUGGAGUAAUUAAGACCAAAUGUUGAAUAGAUUACAGUUUAUAACAUUAUAAGGAGAGAUCAUAAGAGUUAGAAGAGUCUGUCAACAAAGUUUAUUUUCAAAGUUAUGCAUUUUUUCUUCUGUCAAUUGGGAAAAUCUGUGUUCAAAUGUUGCAAAAGAGAUUGUUGACAAAAAACAAAACGGAUGAAACUGAUGAAUCACUGUUCAAGCAAUAAUAACAUCUGUAACCUGGAGUCGGAUAUCUUAAUUAGAAACUUGUGACAUGUUUGCUUCUCUAAAUAACUUUUCGUACACUUGUGGGAUUUAUAUUUUGAUUUCUAUUUUGACUGCACGUCUCCCAUUAAGGGGCGUAGUCCCGUACUACGGAUUCCUACACCAGUAGCUCCCUCUGGUUGCACACAAAGGUUUUCCAAUUAAAUUAUGGCUCCCUGUUUGCUCAUUAUAUGUUGUUUCUGCGUUUUAAACUUUGUUUUUGCUCUAUUUGCUGGUAAACAAAGCGCUUUUGGGCAAAUAUACCAUAACAAGACCACAUGAUCAGAAGUAUUAUAUCGUACAUUUCGGCAAAGAGUAAACAAGAAGGAAUGGAGCCGAGCAGA